AUGGCACUUGAUACUGGUGAAAAAACUAUUAUUGAUUAUGCUACUGAAGGUAGCUUUGAGGAUGUUGAACGUGUACUCAAGAAUCAUGUUCCUGUUGAUGUUCAUGAUGAGCAUGGAAUGACACCAUUACAACAUGCAGCAUUUAAGGGACAUGCCAAUAUAUGUUCUCUUCUAUUAGCACAUGAUGCCGAUGUUAAUGAUCAUGAACAUGAUCAAGGUUAUACGGCUCUUAUGUUUGGUGCUCUUUCAGGUAAUAGUGAAGUUGUUCGUAUUCUUCUUGAAGCAGGUGCUAAAACUCAUCAAACAAAUCGUAUUGGUCGAACAGCUGCUCAAUUAGCUGCAUUUACUGGACAAAAACAAUGUGUUGAUACAAUCAAUAAUUAUGUAACACUUGAAGAUUUGAAGUAUUAUACAAUUCCACAAGGCCAAGAAACAGAAGGAAAAUUACCGGAGUCUUGCGUGCAAGGAUUUCAACGUUUACUUAUUACAAUUAAUUUCAAUCCUGUUCAUUUGCUCAAUAUUAUUUGUAAAUAUUCGGAAUUAUAUCAACCAAAAUCAAAUCUCAAACGAAUAUCAAAUACACUUUCAUUAAUAAUUGAACGAUCAUUAGAUGCAUUUCAUACAAAUGAACCAAAUGAUACACUUGCAAUAAAAUCACAUUAUAUAAAAACAUUAAUUGAUGUUUUAUUAGAGAAAGAUACAGAUGAUAUUGAAAAAACUUGUAAUGAAUUACGUAAAAAAUUUGUACAUGGCAAUGAAAAUAAUAAUUUUCGAAUGUAUGAAGAAAAGUUUAUUCGAGAAACUAUUCGUAAUUUUCCUUAUAAACAAUGUCCACUGCUUCAGCAACUAGUCAGACUUAUCGCUCCAAUUCCAUUAGGUCAAAAUCCAUCCGCUCUAUCUGUCUUAACUACAACUCUUAAUGGACGUGCUUUUGAAGAUGAAGCACCUAAUCGAUGUGACGCUUGUGGUCAACUGAAUGCUACUCGUCGUUGCACUGCAUGCAAAUCGAUAUAUUAUUGCGACGAAUCAUGUCAACGAUUAUGUUGGUCUACCCAUAAGCGUAUCUCAAAUAAAUUGACUGGUACUACAUUACAGAAAAAUACUGAUAAAAAAUUAUCAAAUUCUGCUGAAAAAUUAUCAAAUUCUGCUGAAAAAUUAUCAAAUUCUGCUGAAAAAUUAUCAAAUUCUGCUGAACAAUUGUCAAAUUCUGCUGAACAAUUAUCAAAUUCAAAUGAUUCAAACAGUUUUCGUAAAAUACAAAUACCGCACGCUAAAAUAGGCUUAGGAUCAACCGAAGGUGAUUUGAUUUCUAUGAUAAAAAGAUAUCUUGAAAUUGUUGGACUUGUUCUUAUUGUCUGGAUAUUUGGUUAUUUUCAAUUUAGUGUUUCAUGGAUAUUACUUAUUGUAUUUAUAUAUUUAUUUCGUAAACGUCAACGAGCGCAAUUUAAAGAAAGACAUAAAAUGCUUAAUGAAAUGAAUAAUAAUGAAGAACAAUAUAUAAGAGCUCGUUUAGAUGAGUUACCAUCAUGGGUUUUCUUUCCCGAUGUUGAACGAGCUGAAUGGUUAAAUCGAAUAAUAAAACAAGUAUGGCCAUAUGCAAAUAAAUAUCUUGAUAAAGCAGUUUUUCAUGAUGUCAUGAUUCCAAUGAUACGUGGAACGUCAGCGGCUUUAUCAGAUUUUUCUUUUCAAAAACUUGACCUUGGCGAAAUUCCACCAAGAAUUGGAGGCGUAAAAGUUUAUACGGAUAAUGUUCGAGAUCAAGUAAUGAUGGAUAUUGAAGUUUUUUAUGCUGGUGAUGCACAUGUUAAAGUUAAAGUAAAAGGGAUUGUAUGUGGAAUUAAAGAUAUACAAUUUGUUGGUCAUUUACGAAUUAUAUUAAGUCCAUUAAUUAAUACAAUACCAUUAGUUGGUGCUGUUACUUAUUUUUUUCUUCGAAAUCCAAGUCUUGAUUUUAAAUUAACGGAUGCUGGAACAUUGAUAGAUAUACCUGCUCUUAAUGAUCUAAUGCUUGUUCAAAUAAAUGAUAUUCUUGCAUCAAUGAUGGUUUUACCUAAUCGACAAGUUUUUCCUUUGGUUUCAGAUCUGCAAAUUGGAUAUUUACGAUGGUCGAAUCCUCAAGGUGUUAUUCGAGUUAUUGUUAUAAAAGCAAAAGAUAUUGUCCAAGCUGAUAUAAACCUUCUUGGUAAAGGAAAAAGUGAUCCAUUUGUUAAAGUUAAAGCUCAAGGUAAUGUGGAAUAUAAAACAAAAACGAUUAAUAACACAACAUCACCACAAUGGAAUGAAGUAUUUGAAUUUGUUAUUGAACAAUAUGAAAGUGAUGCAGUAGAAUUUGAAAUGUAUGAUGAAGAUCCUGGUAAAGAUGAUUUUCUUGGAAGAGCUCAAUAUCCAAUAAAUACAUUGGUUGGUAAAGAAGCUGUCAAUACAUGGUUAACCUUACAAGAUGUAAAACGUGGUUCAUUAAAUGUUUCUCUUCAAUAUUUUUCUUUAAGUACACAAAAAUCUGCUCUUGAAAAUAUUGAAAAAAAUAAUAGUCAAAUUAUGCAACAAGACAAAUUAUCUACAGCACUUCUUGUUAUUUUUAUUGAUCGAUGUAUUAAUCUUCCUAGUUCAAAAAGAACUCAUCGGGAACCAAAUCCAUUUUGUCGAAUUAAAGUUGAUUCAAUUGAACGUAAAACUCAAACAUUUGAUAGUCAAACAAAUCCUUCAUUUGAACAUGUGUCACAUAUAUUAUGUUCAAAUCCAAUUCAACAACAAUUAAUUAUUGAAGUAUGUGAUGCACGUUCAAACAAUGAAAUAAUCGGCAUUUUUCAAUUGCCUAUCAAACAAAUAUUCGAUACGGAUUCGAUGAGCAUUGAUUCACAAACAUUUCCAUUGAAAGGUGUAUCUGAACCUUUGGACAAUGUUUCAAUAGUUCUUCAUUUAUCUCUUCAUAUUUUAUCUCCCGGACGUCCAAGAUCGCUAUCACAAUUAUCAGCAACAAAUACAGACCAAGAUAUUACCAAAGACUCAUUAACUGGAGCUUCACCUAAACGUCAUUCUACAGAUGUUCAACAACAACUUGUUUCAUCUGUUUUGAAUCCAGAAUCAAAAUCAAUCACAUCAUCCAACAGCAAAACUCGUUUAAUUUCUGAUGAUCCUGAUCUUAAGUCAACACCAUAUGGUAUGAUAAAGCUCGGUAUUUCCUAUGCUGCUAGUAGAAAAUCUUUAUCCGUAACCAUACAUGCAUGCAAAAAUCUGAUUAAUGUUCAUCGUUCUAAUUUACCGGAUCCAUAUGUACGUGUUCAUUUAAUGCCCGAUUUUAAGAAAGAUGUAAAGAAAACAAAAUCUAUUCAUGAUACAAUCAAUCCAGUUUAUGAUGACGUAUUUGAAUGGUCAGCAUCAUUAGUCGAAAUACGUCGACAACAUCUUUAUAUAGAUAUUAAAAAUAAUUCACCUUUAUUUGCAAACGAAAAAACACGUAUGGGAGAGAUUGAAAUUGAUUUAUCAAAUCUUGAUCCGGAAAAUACUAGUAUAGCUUGGUAUGCUUUACAAGAACCAAAUACAAGUGCUGGUGGAAUAAUGAAAAUAAAAUAUGAUGCGCAUGACUUAACAACACAUCUUUAA